CUUAAUGGCUCACGCCUUCCUUCUCUUCCUCUUAUUCUCUUACAUUAUAUCUACAAAUAUUCAUGCCUGCAAACAAACUGAACGCAGCUCCCUCCUGUCCUUUACCUCCACUCUCUCUUCACCUCCUUUAAAUUGGACAUCCCUUGAUUGCUGUCGUUGGAAGGGCAUCACUUGUAAUCAAGAUGGUUGGGUCACCCGUUUGCUCUUACCUUCCAAAGGGCUCAAAGGAGGUAUCUCUCCCUCUUCACCUGCAAAUCUCACACAUCUCACCCACUUGAACCUUUCCCACAAUUCACUUCUUGGUUCACUUGAAACUCACUUCUUCUUGUCUUUGAAUCGACUUGAGAUCCUUGAUUUGAGCUAUAACAGUCUUUCUGGAGCGCUACCACUUUCUCUACUAUCCGGCAAUAUCCGGACAGUCGAUUUGUCCAACAAUCACUUCUCUGGUGCAAUUCCAUCUUCAUUCUUCCAACAAACAAGAAACUUGAUUAGUUUCAAUGUCAGCAACAAUACCUUCACAGGGUAUGUCCCAUCCUCUAUUUGUCUCCAUUAUUAUCCUUCCCUUAGGCUUUUGGAUUUUUCUUCUAAUGCAUUUAGUGGCAAACUUGCUCCUGGGCUAGGGAAGUGUUCCAAACUGCAGGUUUUUCGUGCCGGUCACAAUAAGCUCUCAGGAAUACUUCCAGAAGAUAUCUAUAAUGCUACAAAACUUGAAGAAAUUGCAUUACCUUUCAAUUCACUACGUGGAGCCAUUAGUGAUAAAAUUGUCAACCUCACCAACCUUGCCAUCCUUGACCUCUCCUUUAAUCAUUUUGGCGGCGAGCUUCCUCUCAAUUUGGGGAAGCUCUCCAAGCUAAAGUUUGUGACCCUUGAUUUCAACAAUUUAGAAGGCGAUUUUCCCCCAUCUUUGAUGAAUUGCACAAACCUUGUAGAAUUACGCCUACAAUCCAACCACUUGGAAGGAGAUAUCUCCAUGCUUGAUUUCUCAAGACUGAAUCAACUUACUAAACUUGACCUAAGGAUGAAUAACUUCACUGGUACGGUUCCAGUAAGCCUUUACUCAUGUAGGUCCCUAAAAGCCAUUGCAUUGGCUCAUAAUAAUCUAGAGGGACAAAUACAUGCUGGGAUUCUUUCAUUGAAAUACAUGUCCUUCCUCUCGCUUGGUUACAACCGAUUCACCAAUCUCACUGGGGCAAUGAAGAUAUUAAUGAGUUGCACAAGUCUUAACACACUCGUGCUCGGUGGUUUCGUUACAGGUGAGGGAAUGCCAGCUGAUGAUGACAUGGUUGAUUUUGAUGGAUUCCAAAAUCUUCGGUUUUUGAGUUUGGCUAGUUGUCAGCUCACCGGUCAAAUACCUCUAUGGCUGUCAAAGCUCAAGAAUCUAGAGGUCUUGUUUCUGGAUUAUAAUCAAUUCACAGGGCCAAUUCCAAGUUGGUUGGGAACUCUUCCUAGACUUUUAUAUUUAACCUUGAGACAAAACCGAAUUUCAGGUGAAUUUCCAAAGGGACUUUGCAGACUACCAAGGUUGGUUCGUGAACCUGACACUACAUCUCAAGUAGAAGAUUUUGAAUUCGAGUUACCUCUCACCACCAACGGAACCGUAAAUCCAAUUUUUAUGCCUCACAGAUUGUCUUACUUUGCAGCAUUGAUAGACUUAUCUAACAAUAACAUUAGUGGUUAUAUACCUGCUGAGAUCGGCCAAUUGCAGCUUCUGCGUGAGUUGUCUCUUCACUCCAACAACUUCUCAGGCAUUAUUCCAGACCAAAUAUCUAACCUAAAAAAUUUGGAGGUUUUGUACCUCAACAUGAACCACUUGUCUGGAAUAAUCCCAUCGUCAUUGGCGAGCCUUAAUUUCUUAAAAGAAUUUAAUGUCUCAUAUAAUAACCUCGGAGGAUCAAUACCAACAAGCACCCAGCUCCAAAGCUUCGAAGCUUCUGCAUUUGAGGGGAACCCAAAACUUUGUGGUGCACCACUUCCAAAUAAGUGCGAACCAAAUAAGGGCAUUGAUGCAGAUAACAAGAACAACGAAGACGUUCACAAUUGGCUUCAUCAACUUCCAUGGUUUUAUAUCUUUACAACAUUGGGGUUCAUAUUCCAGGUCCCAUACAAUAUCUUUGAGAUCAUGGUUUGUCACUUUCUCACUAUUGAGUCCUGCCCAAAAGAUAUCACUGCGGAUUUGAAUACAUGA